GAGGAGACAACUCUUGAAAAAAGGGCGCGAGGUUGAAAUUAUGUUUAUAGGUGUCGCUGCGGUAUAAACGUGGUGAAAGAUGGCGACGAAGAGGAAAACCGAUGCUUUCUUUCCGGUCGAGGAGAACGAUCAGCUCAUUAUCCGGCCUCUGGGAGCUGGACAGGAGGUUGGCAGAUCAUGUAUUAUGAUGGAAUUCAAAGGCAAAAAAAUCAUGCUUGACUGUGGUAUCCAUCCAGGAUUGAAUGGUUUCGCAUCUUUGCCUUUUUUGGAUCUUGUGGAGGUCGAGGAAGUUGACCUUCUUCUUGUCAGCCAUUUCCAUCUUGACCAUUGCGGUGCCCUGCCCUAUUUCCUGGAGAAGACGGCCUUCAAGGGUCGAUGUUUUAUGACCCACGCUACCAAGGCCAUCUACCGGUGGCUCCUGUCAGAUUAUGUGAAAGUCAGCAACAUAGCCACAGAAGACAUGUUGUACACAGAGAAGGACAUAGAGAACAGCAUGGACAAAAUUGAAACAAUUAACUUUCAUCAGGAGAAAGAAGUGAAUGGUAUCAAGUUCUGGUGUUACACGGCAGGCCACGUCCUCGGUGCUGCCAUGUUUAUGAUAGAGAUUGCUGGUGUCAAGGUAUUAUACACAGGUGAUUUCUCCCGCCAAGAAGAUCGGCAUUUAAUGGCAGCUGAAAUACCGUCGGUCCGACCGGAUGUUGUCAUUAUUGAGUCUACAUAUGGUACUCAUAUCCACGAGAAGCGAGAGGACAGGGAGGCGCGGUUUACUGGUCUCGUACAUGAUAUUGUCAGCCGAGGUGGACGAUGCCUCAUCCCAGUAUUUGCUCUUGGCAGAGCCCAGGAACUGCUACUCAUCUUGGAUGAAUAUUGGUCCAACCACCCAGAGCUGCAUGAGACACCCAUCUACUAUGCCUCGUCACUCGCAAAGAAAUGUAUGAGUGUCUACCAGACGUACAUUAAUGCCAUGAACGACAAGAUUCGUAGGCAGAUCACCAUAAGCAACCCAUUUGUAUUCAAGCACAUCUCAAACUUGAAGAGCAUGGAACAUUUCGAAGACAUAGGUCCAUCUGUGGUGUUGGCCAGCCCCGGUAUGAUGCAGAGUGGACUGUCCCGAGAGCUAUUUGAGAGCUGGUGUACGGACAAACGGAAUGGUGUUAUCAUUGCUGGUUACUGUGUGGAAGGCACUCUGGCUAAGCAUGUGCUGUCUGAACCAGAUGAGAUAGUGACCAUGACAGGCCAGAAAUUACCGUUGAAAUGCUCCGUUGACUAUAUCUCCUUCUCCGCUCACACUGACUACCAGCAGACUAGUGAAUUUCUGCGAGCUCUCAAGCCUCCACAUGUCGUCCUCGUCCACGGGGAGCAGAAUGAGAUGAGCCGCCUGCGCGCGGCCCUCAUCCGGGAGUACGAGGACGACGAAAACUACCAGAUGCUGGUGAACAACCCAAGGAACACGGUGGCUGUGGAACUCCACUUCCGAGGAGAGAAAAUGGCAAAGGUCGUCGGUGUGUUGGCAUCAGAGAAACCGGAACAGAACCACAAAAUUGCAGGAAUUCUUGUGAAACGGAACUUCAACUACCACAUAAUGUCUCCAGUGGACUUACCAAACUACACAGACCUCGCCAUGAGCACCGUCCUCCAAAGGCUCAGCAUCUACUACACAGGUACGCUGCCCCUCCUGCGCUACUACCUCAGCCAACUGGCCCAGAACUUGGAGGAGAUCCCAGAGAAGAACGUUCUAAAGGUGUUUGGCUGUAUAACGCUACAUGUGGAAUCAUCAAGGGUUUUGGUGGAGUGGAACAGUAACCCUGUCACAGACAUGUAUGCCGAUGCUGUGGUGACGGUCAUCCUGAGAGCGGAAUCCGACCCAAUGCCACACAAGAAUGUUCCACCAGCCCUGGAAGUUUGUGACGAACACUUUAAGGAAUGUCUGGAGAAGAUGCUGAUAGAUAUGUUCGGUGUGGAAUCCAUCAAGGACCCCUCCAAGUCUCAGAAUGGUAUACUCAGCAUCACUGUCGACAGCAAAACGGCCAACAUAGAACUGGCCACCCAGAAGGUGUCCUGCGAUGACCGGCUGUUACAGCAGACCCUGGAAACAGCGGUGAGCAAGCUACACCAGGCCAUCACGCCCAUCAACACGAAGAAGGCUGAGGCGACCCACUCUUAGCAAAGGAGGAGAUAACACACAUACACACACACUAUGUUAUACAUCAAAUAUGCUGUUCCCAUUAUGACCACCCCCACCAAGUCAACAACAAGAUCUACUGGAGUCGAACCAAAGGGUGAUGUGAAAGGAGACAACCAAGGCUGAUGCGAUUCUUUGCUGAAGUGAGACUAAAAACACCUGGCACAGACACACACACAUACACAUUCACACGCACACCUGAAUGUGUAUAUGCACAUACAUAUAUUAGCACAUAUUUGGAAUAUAUACGUAAAACUGCGUCUGUACAUGUGCAUAUGCGUGUGAGUGUGUGUGUGUGUGUGUAUAUAUUUGACGUGGGUUCGAUUCCUGGACCGGGUGUUGCGUUCUUGAGCAAGGCACUUCAUUUCACGUUGCUCUGCGAUCAUUUCGACACCUGACAUGUGGCACCUGUUUUGCACCUGUACAGGUAAUAUCGAUCUGAUGGCGGGAAUGAGCUUGUGUCUACACAGACAUUUGAUCACUAUAAACAAAUCAUAUGUGUGGUUGUUCGGUAAGAAAUUGUCGAACCUUCAUACGUCAUCUAACAACGGGAGAGUCCAUCACAUAUAA